CCCUCAGUCCACUCCCUAUCUUUCCCCGCGGUUUUUGCUUUAGAGAUUCCUUCAACGAAUCAAUGGAGGGGAGUACGGAGGGGACAAAGGUGGAUUGGAUGUCAGUACCGGCGUUCGGGGACUGGGAAAACCAGAAGGGGAUGCCGGAUUACUCAUUGGAUUUCUCCAAACUUCGACAGAUGCGGAAGCAGAACAAGUCCGAUUACUCGUGCAUCUCCAUUGGAAACGAGGAAGAUCUUCGUCACGGAUCCAAAAAGGAUGAGGAGCUCCAUGACCGAUCCAAGGUCGCCUCCGACGUCUCUCUUUCAGGCGCCGCUGUAACUCCGGCGAUACACCACCAGCACUCUCCCUCGGGGAGGAGAAAGCUCACGAGCUAUUUCGUUUGCUGCACCGGGGCUUGAAGUCUUCUUCUCAUGGGAAAAAAUUUGCGUACGUAAGACGUACGCAGAAUUGUGUACAUAAUAGAGGUUAUAUGAGCGUUAUAUCAACAUUAUAUUCGCAUUAUAUCCCUUAUAAUCUCCAUAUAACUUUCAUGUAACUACAUGUAAGCUACAUAUAUGUGAAAACAUAAGCAUGGAACUUAUUUGUAAGUUCAGGUAGGUUACAGGCUUCAUUCCCAAUAUUAGUACCGCUUGUGUCCUUUAUUAUUAUUUUUUGUUACAACAGUUUAUAGGCCCUUGUAAAAAAGAUUUGUUAAGCUGCAAA